UAUUUUAUCACAUGGGUUACCCCUCUCUUCUAAGAAGGUUUCAACAAAGACUGCCUGUCUCCAUAACUAUUCAUUUAAUUUUUUAUUAUUUGAUUAUAUGGCUACCCAUCUGCCUCUGCCUAAACAAGAACACCAUCUUCCCCAAUUCAGCAGUUAGUAUUGCUUCAGCAACAACAUGUUAUCAUUGUUAUGUAUUUGCUUAUUAUUAUUUUCCUACUUCUCAGGAAAUUGCACUUCACUAGACAGUUUAGCAGUAAAUCAAUCCAUCCAAGAUGGUGGGAAUGAGACUUUGGUUUCAGCAGGUGGAAUUACUGAAGUGGGUUUCUUUAGCCCAGCAAAAACAACAAGGCGAUACUUGGGUAUAUGGUUCAGAAAUGUUACCCCUUUAACAGUGGUGUGGGUUGCUAACCGAAAUACACCUCUUGAGAAUAACUCAGGAGUUUUGAAACUCAACCAGAAAGGGAUUCUUGUGCUUCUCAAUGACAAAAACAGCACCAUUUGGUCAUCCAAGAUAUCAAGCAAAGCUGGGAAUAACCCAAUUGCGCAUCCGUUGGAUUCGGGAAAUUUUGUGGUGAAAAUUGGACAGCAACCUAACAAGGGUACCGUUUUAUGGCAGAGUUUUGAUUAUCCAGGUGAUACACAUAUUCCGGGAAUGAAAAUAGGAUGGAACAUAGAAACUGGUCUAGAAAGAUCUAUAUCAUCUUGGAAAAGUGAUGAGGAUCCUGCGAAGGGAGAGUAUGUUGUAAAAGUGGAUCUUCGAGGAUAUCCUCAAGUAUUUGUAUUCAAAGGAUCCUUGAUAAAGUUCAGAGUAGGGCCAUGGAAUGGCCAGUCUUUGGCUGGAUUACCUGUUAAAAUUCCAUACUGUUCACAAAAAUUUGUAUUGAAUGAAAAAGAGGUGUAUUAUGGGUACGACCUUCUUGAUAGUUUGGAAUUCAUCAGCAUAUUUAAACUUACCCCUUCAGGCACGGCACAGAGAAGUUUUUGGAGAGCUCAAACAAACACCAGGCAAGUCCUAACAAUUGAGGAUCAAGAUCAAUGUGAAAAUUAUGCCUUUUGUGGUGAAAAUUCUAUAUGCAGUUAUGAUGGUAACCGUCCAACUUGUGAAUGCCUGAGAGGUUAUUUUCCUAAGUCUCCGGAUCAGUGGAAUAUGUCAAUUUCACCAAACGGCUGUGUUCCAAGGAAUAAAUCUAACUGCCAAAACAGUUAUACAGAUGGCUUCUUCAAGUACGCACACAUGAAAAUGCCAGACACAUCUUCUUCGUGGUUUAAUACAACCAUGAACCUUGAUGAAUGUCGGAAGUCAUGUCUUAAAAACUGUUCUUGUACUGCAUAUGCAAAUUUAGAUAUUCGUGGUGGUGGAAGUGGCUGUCUACUUUGGUUUAAUAAUACAGUUGACAUGAGGUAUUUCCCUAAAUUUGGACAAGACAUUUAUAUCAGAGUCCCUGCUUCAGAAUUAGAUAAUGGUGGCCCUGGAAUCAAGAAAAAGAUAGUAGUAAUCACUGCUGGUGUGACAGUUUUUGGACUUAUCAUCACAUGUUUCUGCAUACUGAUAGUUAAAAAUCCAGUGGCAGGAAGAUUAUAUUCUCAUAUCGGACGAUUUCAAUGGCGGCAAGAAUAUUUUAUCUUGAGAAGGGAAGACAUGGAUCUGCCAACCUUUGAGUUGUCAGCCAUUGCUAAAGCCACUGAUAAUUUUUCUAGCAGAAAUAAACUAGGGGAAGGUGGAUUUGGGCCAGUAUACAAGGGUACACUAAUAGAUGGGCAAGAGGUAGCCGUAAAACGACACUCAGAAAUGUCUGAUCAAGGACUGGAGGAGUUUAAAAAUGAAGUUGUGUUGAUUGCAAAACUUCAGCACCGUAAUCUUGUGAAACUUCUAGGUUGCUGUAUUCAUGGAGAGGAAAAAUUGUUGAUCUAUGAAUGCAUGGCCAACAAGAGCUUAGACUGCUUCAUCUUUGAUGAAACUAGAAGUAAGCUCUUAUCCUGGAAUCAACGUUUUCACAUUAUUGUUGGCAUCGCUCGGGGGCUUCUCUAUCUUCACCAAGACUCUAGACUGAGAAUUAUUCACAGAGAUUUGAAAACCAGCAAUAUCCUACUCGAUGCGCAUAUGAAUCCUAAAAUCUCAGACUUUGGCAUGGCUCGGACUUUUGGCUGGGAUCAAAGUCAAGCCAAAACCAGAAAAGUGGUCGGAACAUAUGGUUACAUGCCUCCAGAGUAUGCUGUGCAUGGUUAUUACUCUGUGAAAUCAGAUGUCUUUGGUUUUGGUGUGAUAGUACUAGAGAUAGUUAGUGGAAACAAGAACAGGGGAUUUUCUGACCCGGAACACUCUCUUAAUCUUCUUGGACAUGCAUGGAGACUUUGGACAGAAGACAGGCCAUUGGAGCUGAUAGAUAUAAACUUAAGUGAAAGAUGCAUUCCUUUUGAAGUCUUAAGAUGCAUACAUGUGGGUUUGUUGUGUGUACAACAAAAACCACAAGAUAGGCCGGAUAUGUCUUCUGUCAUUCCUAUGCUGAAUGGUGAGAAAUUAUUGCCUCUGCCAAAGGCUCCUGGAUUUUAUACAGGAAACUGUACUCCUGAAUUAGUAUCUUCAUCUAAAACUUGUAAUCCAUUAUCACAAAAUGAGAUAUCCCUUACAAUUUUCGAGGCAAGAUAGAAUACAAAGACUCUAGUAAUGGUGUAUUUUGUUGAUGAGUAAAGGAAAUGAUAUGGCUUCCAGUAAGUAAAGUUACUAUCAAAUUAUGGUGCAAAUAUCAACAAAAGCACAAUUGGUAGAUAACUGAGACUCGUAAGUGAUAUGUCACUGGAUAGAUUCCUGACCGCAUGUAUAUAAAAGAUUUUGUUAAAAGAAAGAAUAAUGAUUUCAUUGAUCUUUAAAUGUUGAAGGGAAUAGUCUCUAACUGUUUUGGGGAAUAUCCUCGAUGCAAAUAAAAAUAAAUGAUUAUAAAGAAUCUAUGGAUAGCAAGAUCUCAUUUGUCUUCUGAUGACCUAUUGCUUGAUUCUGUAAAUUUGAAACCAUGGGUCAUUGGUUUAUUAAUGUAUCCCUCAUCAUUUUAAUUCCAUUUUUUGUCGUUCAAGUUUCAGUGGCA